AUGCCUCCGAAGAAGCAGUCGUCUCACGAGGUCCUUACAAUUGACCCUACAAUCCUGUCCGCCGCCCUCGUUGAGGCAUUUAAAUCCAAGAGUCUAAUUGAUGCCCUCGUUCCAGCACUGACGGAAGCUAUAACAGACGCCGUUAGUAAGAACAUGCAUGAAGCUAUGCAGCUAGAAUUCGUCAAGAGGGAUGAAAAAAUCAACCAACUCAAUUCGAAAGUCCGCCAUCUUGAGCAUCGCCUGGACGACUUUGAACAAUACUCAAGGCGCAACUCAUUACUUGUGUACGGCAUUCCUGAGGAGGGACAAGAGAACACGGACAAAAAGAUAAUUGAAGCGGCAAAACAGUACGUUAAUGUCGACAUACCAGCCACCGCCAUCGACCGCACCCAUCGCCUCGGCGCAAAGACGGACCGGACUGGGGAACCACGUACGCGGCCAAUUAUCGUCAAGUUUAACAGCUAUAACAUCCGGGCAGUCUUUUACCGUGCGAGAGCUGGUUUCAAGGGAAAGAACAUUUUUGUCCGCGAAAGCUUGACCCCUGAAAGGCAGCGAUGGCUGAAACAGGCAAGAAACCACCCCUCGUCCGUGAAGGCCUGGACCCAGGAUGGCAGAAUUGAAGUCAAGAUGAAGAAUAACGCUAAGCUGAUCAUAAACAGCGAGAACGACCUCAAGAAACUUCCAUAAGCCACAGGACUGACGGUCACUGCCACUGAUAACUCCAUAAUGGAGGAGUUACAUUUGUAUUUCAUGCCUUAAGAUUUGAGAGGUUGGUAUU